AUGGCAUCGUCGGUGGCUUAUGUGUUGUUGCUGGUGGCCGCUGUCGUGCUGGGAUUGUACCACAUCUUGGUGGAAGGGGGGUGUGCUGGGAAGUGCUGCGGGGGUUCUGACAUCACCUGUGUAACGGCAGACUGGAGGAUGGACCGGGUAUACAGAGCCUGCUACUGCGACGAGGGCUGCUUCAGGACCAAAGACUGUUGCUAUGACUACCCCACCGAGUGCCCAGCCCAGUCGUGUGUGGUGACCGAGUGGAGUCACUGGAGCGGUUGUGCCCAGCCCUGCCAGCGGUCCAUGAGGAACAGGCAGCGCCACAUUGUGCAGGAGCCCAAGAACAAUGGAGAGCCCUGUCCCAGUCUGGAGGAGCAGGCAGGCUGCAUGGACUACCAGUCACACCAGGGAGAGGUCUGCACUCAGAAUACUGGUCCAGGUUUCAUCACCACCAUGGAUCUGUUUGGUAAAGGAAGAAGACAGCAUGACAUCACACCUCUGGACCCUGGGUUCUGUAUGGAGUAUAAGAUGGAGUCUCUGACUCCUCACUGUAGGGUGGAGAAGCGACCACACACCCACUGGAUGCAGUAUCUACGGGAGGGUUACGUGGUGUGUGUGGCGUGCCGACCACCCGCCGUGCGUAACCAUAGCGGCAGCUGCCAGGGAGACGGGCAAGAAUCCGACAGUGAGGAGCUGCUCCAUUGGCAGGCUGUGGGGAACUCUCGCUGUCGAGGAACAUGGAAGAAGGUCCAGAGAACAGCACACUGCUCCUGUCCUCACGUCCACAGCUUCCUCUUCAUAUAA